AUGUGUCACAUUCUACAGUUCUGCAGAGAGAACAACUACAAGACCUCUUGGAUUCUCCAGAGUUUUCAGUGCAGGCAGCCCACAUCACCCCUAAAAGAAGGUGUUCCUCCACCUCGGUGGGUCAACUUCUCCUCGGUGCGGGCUGACUCCAUCACAUUGAAGUGGUCACCACCAGAGGGAGCUCCUGGAAACUACAGAUACAGAGUCAACUGGAGUGGAGGCCAAGAGUUGGUGGUGGGUUUGGGUCUGGAGGUGACCAGGCUUCUUCCAGGAGAGAAGUACCACUUUACUGUGGCCACCCUCAGUGAAGAUGGUCGCCAGAGCCCAUGCAUUGGACUCAACCAGGACUCCCAGGUUUCCAGAGUGAGGGGACUGGGCCCAAGUUUCACAGCACAGCUGGCAGAGGCCAGACUCCAGCGCCAGAGUUUCAACAUGGAGAAAGGACUCCUCCUUCUUCAGUCACCAAAGCUGCUGUCAACCUUGGGCCUGGGGGAUCUUCAUGGAGGGAAACUCACACUCAGCUCAGUCCUGGAGAUCAACAGUAAUACAGUGGCUGACAAACCAGCACAAAGUCUGGAGCAGCUACCAAGGACAUUCUUAAGGAAACUGAUGAUGUCCAAUUUAAAUGCAAGAAAUAUCAAAUGUGCACAAGACCAGCCAAUGUAUGAUUAUAGUUUGACUGAUGCUAAUGAUGAUUCUGAUGCCAUAAAUCCUCUAGAUUUGAUCACUGCUCUUUUCCACUGCUCAGAUCCUUUCCUCCAGCAGGAAAUGGUCUCCAAAAUGUCCAUGUGCCAGUUUGCUGUUCCUUUGCUUUUGCCAAACUGUGACACACAGCAGAGCACUCUGAUGCUGUGGGCCAUGAGAGACCUGGUGAAAAAGUUUAGACCUCACUCUCUAGCAGGUGACAGGACAUUUGUAGAGGGCAGGAUCGUAGAAACGGACAUCCCCAUGGUGUCUUUUGUUAGACUAGGAGAGAGCAGUCUGCCCAAAUCUCAAACUCUGAACAAGUUGCUCAGUAAUCGUCAUCAGCACAACGACACAUUUGUUCACCAUAACAUGGAGUGUGGUGAUGUGCCCAGGAAAAUCUCAGAUGGUCUGGUUGAAGUCAGCUGGUAUCUACCCUGUGGGAACACAAACAUUGACAUGUUCCCACAGCCAGUGGCCAUAGCCAAUCUGAGAGGAGAUGGCAGGUUGUUUAAGACCCAGAUGUCCUUCCUGUGUCAGACUUCAGCUGCAGUUUUCAUCUUUAGUGAUGACCUAGAGGGAGACCUCAGCACUCUGAACAACAGAGAGAGCAGAGCUGAGCUGUUCCUGGUCACUAACUCUCAGAGUAAGACCUUCAACACGAAGACACUCAGGGAUACAUGCAGAAAACACAAGGUGAAGGAGACCAAUGUGAUCAUCAAGAAAAAACAGAAUGAUGCCGAGUUUGUAAAAACUUUCCAUUUCCAUGUGAAUGGUGUCAUUGGAAAUAAUCCAAUUAAAAUGAAAGUGGAAGCCAUGGCUGCUGUUGCUCGUCAUGGUAUGGUGGUUGAUGAGGACUGCACUGAGUGUGCAAAUGGCAGAAGAAAUGCUGAAGGCAUCACUAGAAGCAUUCAGGAUGUUGUGGAAUUCAAGAAAGACCAGUUGCCUUUACAUGGUGAAAUCUGGAAGGAAAUCAGUCAAUUAGAAAAGGAGAGAUGCAGAAUGCGAAAAGCAGGCAAAGACAUAGAGGGUUACAAGAGUUCACUCAAGAUUAAAGAAGAAACCCUCAGAAAGAAACAACAACAGAAGGCCUUCUCAGAAGCCAUGGGGAAAUUCACUGCUGGAAUAUCAGAGUCAGGAACACAGCGUCUCUACUUCCUGAAGUGGCUGAAGAUUCAGCUAGACACCCUCUCCAGACAUAACCUCUCCACACUGAGAGAGAAAUACAAAGACUGCUGUAGAAACACACCACAGAAUAAUAAGAUGAUUGCAGAAUUAGAUGAGCAAAUCUCCAACUGCUCAUUGGGUCCUGAGCACUUCUUCCGUGAGCUCGGCCAGCUUUAUGAGUGUGCUUGCUCCCUUCCAGAAAACAACCCAGCCCGACAACAAGUCCAGCACCUACCUGCUCUGUGCGCUCAGAUGCUGCUGGACGGGUUCCCAGUUGAGCUGGUCGAUGGAGACGCAUCAAACAUCCCAAUGAAGUGGAUAGAAGAGGUCCUGACUCAGCUUCAUCAGCGGGUGGACACCAAGAGUAAGAUCCUGGUGUUGACUGUGCUGGGAGUGCAAAGCACUGGGAAGUCCACCCUUCUCAACACCAUGUUUGGAGUGCAGUUUGCAGUCAGCAGUGGAAGAUGCACCAGAGGAGCCUUCAUGCUGUUGAUUAAAGUCUCUGAAGAACUCAGAUCUGAGCUCAAGUGUGACUUCAUUAUGAUCAUUGACACAGAGGGCUUAAAAUCACCUGAGCUGGCAGCAUUGGACACAAGCUACGAACACGACAACGAAUUAGCAACACUGGUUAUAGGGCUCAGUGACAUCACCAUCAUCAAUAUUGCCAUGGAGAACAACACAGAGAUGAAGGACAUUCUGCAGAUUGUGGUCCAUGCCUUUCUCAGGAUGAAGGAGGUUGGGAAGAAGCCCAGAUGUCUGUUUGUGCAUCAGAAUGUGUCAGACAUGUCUGCUCAUGACAGCAACAUGAGAGACAGGAAGAAGCUGAUGGAGCAGCUGGAUGAGAUGACCAGAGCAGCAGCUAAAAUGGAGAAGAAAGUACGUUAUGCAAAGUUCACUGAUGUGAUGGAAUACGAUCCUGACAAAGAUAGCCACUACAUCCCUGGACUUUGGCAUGGAACUCCCCCAAUGGCCCCAGUGAAUACUGGCUACAGUGAAGCUGUCUAUGAACUCAGGAAUACUUUGAUUGACUCCUUGCAAACAUCUGAUAACAGCGCCAGAAUUAAUGCAGAGGGGUUUCUGAAGUGGACUAAUUGUUUGUGGGAAGCUGUGAAAUAUGAAAAGUUCAUCUUCAGCUUCAGGAACAGUUUGGUGGCUGACGCAUACACAAAUUUAUGCUCUGAGUAUAAUAAAUGGGAGUGGUCUUGUCAAAAAGAGAUGAACUCUUGGCUUUUGCAAAAGGAAACGAUAAUAUCCAACUUUGGAAUGACAGGUGCAGAUGACCAGAAGACUCAUCUGAGAGACCAUCUUAGAGAGAUGAACACUGAAGCAUCAGGGAAACUGGAUGAGGAGGAGAAGAAAAUCCAUCAAAACCUAGAGGGGUACUUUAAGACUAAGAACAGUAGUGUUGCUUUAGUGGUGAAAUAUAAAGAAGACUUCAAGAUCAGUGUCAGCACACUGAGACGAGAGACUGAGAGCUCCCUGAAAUCCUCUCUGCUGAAGGCAGUUGAAAUUAAAGAAGGAUUGGAACAAGUCAACAUGAUCAAGAAUACAACGACUGAGAAAAUCGAGAAAAAGGUUCAGGAUCUUGUCCAAACCUGUCGAAAGAAAAGGGAAAAUUUAUCCGAUGAUAAUCUCAACAGAGAAUUUGAGAAAAUGUGGAAGAAGUUGGUAGCAGAACUGUCUUUAGUAGAGUUUCAAAAGCUGGAUGCUGUGAAGGAGGUCCUCCAUGAGUUAAACUCCCACUUUAAGACAAAAUCAGGAAAUGUCCAUAAGAAGCUGACUGAAACUCAUUUCAAAACAGCUGGACAAAAGCCAUUUAAAGUACAGAGUAGUUGGUUUUCUUCAAUAAAAAAUGUCUUGACCUGGAAGAAUAACCCACAGCUUUUUUUUGAAUCCAUCAUCAAAGAUUGUGAGAGCUUCGUCUCUGAUACAGUAAAGAGCAACAAAACCUACCAUAAGACAUAUAUCAAAGAAGUCCUCAACAUGAUUGAUGAUAAAUUAAAAGAUAAACAAGUCUCUCCAAAUGAGGAAUGUGAAUGUGAGCUGAAGUUCCAUAUCUGCUGGAAAGCAGCAGUUGAAUUUCAGAAAAUGCAUGAUGGGUUCAUCAUGGACAGUGACCCUAAGAUAUGCCUAGAACAGUCCAAGAAAAGGUUACUGGAGGAGUUCAUGGAUGUGUUCCAUGACACAGAUCAGUGCCUGAAGAAAGCUGCAGAAUUCACACAGGACUGUUUGACACCAGCAGUUAAGGACUACAUCACCAAAAGGCUCGGUUCAGAUAUUGCAGAUGCAAUGGUGACUGGAGAUGAAGGACUGGACUACAGCACAAGGACUCACUUCCAGUUUGCCCUUUUAAAACAGCUGCUUCAAGAUGAGUCUUUUGAACAAUUCAAAGAAUACACACAUAAUUACAAAACAUUUGUUAACAGCUGGAUCUUGGACAGAAUCAUUGGAACAUUUUCCCUGAAUGAUAAGUGGCAAAGAAUGAACAUGAAGCAUCUCUCUGACGUAGUGCAGAAAGUGACUGAUGCAAUCACUCAUGCCAAAGAGGAGACUGAGGAGAACACAGAGAUGAAAAUGUUCAUACAGAAAAUACGUGCUCAUCUUAAAGACCAACUAGCCUUCCAAGAAGACACUUUCUUCCUCACUUUAAAGAAUGCCAACACAGAGCAGUUUGCUAGGAACCUCAUAGACUCCCUCUCAGACAUGGAACUGUCCUUAAGUGAUGAGUUCAAGUCCCAGGAAGACCUUCGAGAAGCUACCAGACAGCUGCCCUCUAAACCCCAUGAGCUGAUUUUCUCCAGACUGUGUGGAUGUGGGGAACAGUGCCCAUUCUGUGGGACACCCUGUGAAGCAGGAGGUCAGGACCACAAAACACACUUCUCCAGCAUGCACCGAUCUAAAGGACUUGGCAGAUACAGGUUUGAGGGCUCCCAAAAGUUGGUAACUGAUAUCUGCACAACUGCUGUGAUCAGUGAUGGGACAUUUAAGAGUUUAGAAACCAAAGGAAAGUAUCACGCCUACAAGCAGUACAAGGAAAUCUACCCCGAUUGGGAGAUAGCGGGAGACUCAAGCAUGGAGGCCUCAGACUACUGGAAAUAUGUUCUGAUGAAAUAUAAUGACGAAUUUGCUAAACAUGAUGAUGCUUUGCCUGCAGACAUUCCACCUGCCUGGAAAGAGUUGACGCCAACCCAUGCCAGAAUAGGCUUGAGGAAAUCAUUCAACAUGGGGUCAGGCAAAUCUCAAGCAGACUGA